GGUGUCGGGGCGGGGCUUGUGCAUCAUAUUCUUAGAAAACGGUCAGAGUACCCGUAGCACGCUCGUAUGGUCGACCGCAGGGCCUGUCGUGAUCGUAUGCAUCCUGCUCGCUCCAAGUGCCGUUAUCUCCACACCAUAUUGGGUUCUGACAGCAGCCGCAGCAGGAGGUUACACCCGCUGGGCUAUGGAUGGAAUCCGCGCACUUGGCCAGCUCGUGGGCCAUGGGAUGAUUUGCUAUUUUAUAGUCGCGCACCCUCUUAGUUCUGGGGAAAGAAAGGAAGGAAGACAGUACAGUACAAACACUUUCGGUGUAUAUGAAUCUUAACCAUGACUUCCACCACCCUCAGACUCACCGGCAUCCCACGAACGACAACCAGGAGGGAGCUCUCUAAGGCAGCCGGCGUCUCAACCGACUGUAUAUCUUUGGCACCGACCGACUCCUCCCAUAACUCGGUCUCGACCGCAACCAUCACCUUCGGGUCCAAGAGGGCCGCCGACAAGUUCAGGUCUGUUCAGAGGUUCAAGCCCGCUAAAUGUCUUGGGAAACGACCCAAUAUCGACACGGAAUUUCUGGGCCUCACCGUCCUCUCGACCAGCGGUGACCAGGACGAAGUCGAUCUUAUUGCUGUCCAUGGUCUCAACGGCCACGCAUUUUCCUCGUGGGCUUCGGGUGAUAGGAUGUGGUUGAGAGACUUCCUUCCUGCACAGAUGCCCAAGACUCGGAUCAUGACCUAUGGCUACAACUCGAGUGUGUGGGAUAAAACAUCGACGACGACGAUCCCAGAAUUUGCGCAGGGGCUGCUCUGGGCCAUCAUCAACAAGCGGGGACGAAAGGAAUGCAACAGGCCUAUCAUCUUUGUUUGCCACAGCUUGGGCGGGAUCAUUGUCAAGCUGGCUCUCAACACAGCCCUCGAAGACACCCAAACCGCCAUGAUCAGCACAGUAACCCACGGCAUCGUCUUCCUCGCCACACCGCACAAGGGCAGCGAUCUGGCCUGCAACUCUUUUCUCGGCAUCGCCGCCAAAGCUCUCGGUGUCCGGGAGGACCUAAUUCUAGCACUGUGCAUGAACUCGGGCCAACUCGACGACAUCGAAAACGACUUUAGAUUGAACCACGACGGCCUGGAUCUGGCCACUUUCUACGAAACUAAGAAGACGAAGAUAGCCCGUGUCGUCAGUGCCUUUGACCAUGUUAUCGUCGAGCGCUCCUCCGCGCUGCUAAACGUCGGUGCCGACCCACGAUACCCGCUGGAGCGCGACCACAAACAAAUCUGCAAGUUUGCGUGCCAACACGACGACGACUACAAAGCGGUGUGCAACCAGAUCCUGCGAAUGGCCGAAGUUGCGCCUCACGCCGUCAGAACGCGCGCCAUAAAGAAAGCUCUUCAAAUGCCCCAGAUCAGCACCAUGAUCAAAUUUGGCGGGGACACGCUGAGGAGUUACUCGUCAGCGUGGUCUGAUGAUUGUACGCUGAAGUUGCGGUAGGCGCAAAGCAACGGGUAUAAAUACGGUACAGGAGGGUUGGUUGGUGGGGGAGCCGGGGGUAAUGUAUUGAGUCAUGAUGAUCUGUGAUGAUUUGUGAAUGAUUAAUGAUGAUUAAUGAUGCUUUUAUGAGAGAUUAUAUCUAGGGGGAGGGGGGUCCGACAGAGCAUAGGUGUGAAGAUUGCGGUUCGUGGGUGCUGGUGGUCGCUCGUCCGGUUCUUCUCUCAACAUAUGUACAUAGUUUAGGUGGUUAGGUCGCCGUAACUAAUGUUAUCGGGACUUCCACAUCAUCAAGAAGUCC